CUCCUCUUGAUAUGGACUUAUCGGACGUCGAGAUCAGCUUGACCUCCAACCCCGGCAGCUACGAUCAGCCGUCGACGAGAACGCUCACCAUGAAACACGAAGACAAUCCUCGGAAGAAGUUCGAGUACGAUAAUCUUCCAGAUAGUAGCGAAGAAUGGGGGUUCUUUGAGCCGAGAUGGGAAAAAGUGGUGGAUUUUUCUGAGUACAACAAGGUCUACAGCAAAUUCGAUCUUCAAAUUAAUAUUCAAGACCAGCCGCAGCGUUACAGCGAUGGCAACAUUCCUUACAAACUGAUGAGCAUUGACCUGCAGCACCAAUUCGAUUGGAAACAAGCGGCGUCGGUGUCCGCCUCCGAAGAGACUCG